CUCGCUUUUCUCCGCAAUACAGAGAAGAAAGGAAGAAGAAAAAGCCAUAGAAGAAUAAGAAAGCGAGCAGAGAAAUCUCUGCAUCUAUCUCUGUCAGGUACACUAAAAUCCAUCCUUCUUUUCAUCUCUUCCUCUCAUCGAUCAAUCGGAGUUAGGGUUAGUGUUUCGUUAUUCCUCCCAAGAGAGAAAUUCCAUUUUCAUUAGGGUUAGUGUUUUGUUCCCACUGCGAUCGUACGGACGGCUAGGGUUUUCCCAGAUAAUGAGACCAUUUCACGAGGUCUCUCAGCCCCGCCAUGAUCGAAGGGACGGAUCGCGUCCCUCCACCCGCCCCGGCCGGCAGGAGUGGGUCCGGAGAGGAUCCGCCACCGUCGUUAGCUCUAAUUCAAAUCUGACUAUCGCAGAAGGACGUGAACCGAGUUCACGCCCUAACCCCAAUCCGAGUCCGAUCCCGAAUCCGAAUCCGAAUCCGGAUCCGGUCUCUAGUGAUGGGCGUCUCCGUCCGAAAGGUCAGUAUGUUGUGAAGAAGAGGGAGACAGAGGUUCCGGAAUCCGCCGCUGUCCCUCAGCUUGUUCAGGAGAUACAGGAUAAGCUUGUGAAGGGCGCAGUCGAGUGCAUGAUCUGCUAUGACAUGGUCAGGCGAUCUGCACCGAUAUGGUCCUGUUCGAGCUGCUAUUCGAUCUUCCAUUUGAACUGUAUCAAGAAGUGGGCCCGUGCGCCCACCUCGAGUGAUCUAUCAGCGGAGAAGAAUCAGGGACUGAAUUGGCGGUGCCCGGGUUGCCAGUCAGUGCAGCUUGUUUCGUGGAAGGAGAUUCGGUAUGCUUGCUUCUGUGGGAGGCGGACGGACCCGCCUUCAGACUUCUAUCUGACGCCGCAUUCGUGCGGAGAGCCGUGUGGGAAGCCACUUGAUAGGGAAUCAAUGGACAGUAAUGAUGGUGUUGAUGAGAAUCGGUGUUCUCAUGUGUGUGUGCUACAAUGUCACCCUGGGCCUUGCCCCCCUUGCAAGGCAUUUGCCCCGCCGCGCCGGUGCCCAUGUGGGAAGAAAAUGAUCACAAGGCGUUGCUCUGAUAAAUCCAUUCUCACUUGCGGGCAACGGUGUGAUAAGUUUCUGGAAUGCAUGCGACACAGAUGUGAGCGGAUGUGCCACACAGGGGCCUGCGAUCCUUGCCAGGUUCUCAUCAAUGCGUCGUGUUUUUGCAAGAAGAAGACAGAGAUCAUUCUUUGCGGAGAAAUGUCGGUGAAGGGAGAAGUGAAUGAGGUCAAUGGACUUUUUUCAUGUAAUUCAGUCUGCAGGAAGGAGCUCUCUUGCCGGCAUCAUUAUUGUGAUGAGGUUUGCCAUCCGGGUCCAUGCGGGGAGUGUGAUUUAUUACCUUCCAGGAUCAAGACCUGCCAUUGCGGAAAGACGCCUCUGACAAGAGAAAGGCAGAGUUGUUUGGAUCCGAUACCGACAUGUUCGCAGGUGUGCGGUAAGGUCCUUCAUUGUGGGGUCCACCACUGUAAAAACACAUGCCAUGAAGGGCAAUGUGCGCCUUGUCUGGUUAUUGUCAAUCAGAAAUGCCGUUGUGGAUCUACUUCUCGUGCAGUAGAAUGCUAUAAAACAGUAGAAGAGCGGGAUAAGUUUUUCUGCGAGAAGCCAUGUGGUCGGAAGAAGAACUGUGGGAGGCACCGGUGCAGUGAGAGAUGCUGCCCACUCUCCAGUUCCAGUGAUUUAUCUGGCGACUGGGACCCACACUUGUGCUCUAUGGCCUGUGGGAAGAAACUGAGGUGCGGGCAGCAUUCUUGUGAGUCUUUCUGUCACAGCGGCCAUUGCCCUCCAUGCAUGGAAACCAUUUUCUCUGAUUUGAGCUGUGCUUGCGGGAAGACGGUGAUCCCUCCACCGCUCCCUUGUGGGACCCCGCCUCCAUCUUGUCAGCAUCCUUGUGCUGUUACUCAGCCAUGCGGGCAUUUGUCUACACACAGCUGCCAUUUCGGGGAUUGCCCACCGUGUACAGUUCCAGUGGCGAAGGAGUGUGUAGGUGGGCAUGUGGUUCUGAGAAGUAUACCUUGUGGGUCGAAGGAUAUCAGGUGCAAUCAGCUUUGUGGGAAGACCCGACAAUGUGGCAUGCAUGCUUGUUCUAAACCCUGCCAUCCACCGCCAUGUGAUUCUUCCUCUGGUCCUGUUCCUGCCUCUAAUUCAAAAGUCUCGUGUGGGCAGAGCUGUGGUGCUCCUAGGAGAGACUGUAGGCACACAUGUGCAGCCCCUUGCCACCCUUCAGCACCUUGCCCUGAUCUCAGAUGCAACUUUUCCGUCACCAUUACUUGUUCCUGUGGCCGGAUAACCACUACAGUUCCUUGCGACGUUGGCGGCGGUAACACUGGCAGUUUUCAUGUUGAUACGGUCUUUGAAGCCUCAGUUAUUCAGAAGUUGCCCGUUCCUCUCCAACCCGUGGAAGCAAAUGGCAAGAAGAUACCUCUUGGGCAGAGAAAGCUCGUUUGUGAUGAGGACUGUGCGAAGAUUGAGCGAAAACGCGUUCUUGCAGAAGCUUUCGAGAUCACUCCUCCAAACCUCGACGCCCUUCAUUUUGGUGAUAGUUCAACUGUUUCCGAGUCGCUCGCUGAUCUAUUGAGGCGGGAACCAAAGUGGGUGUUGGCAGUAGAGGAGAGAUUCAAGUUCUUGGUGUUGGGCAAGAGUAAAGGAAGCACGGCAAGUGGCCUCAGAGUCCAUGUCUUCUGUGCUGCUCUAAAGGAGAAGAGAGAUGCCAUUAGGCACAUUGCUGAGAGGUGGAAGCUCUCGGUUCAGGCGGCUGGAUGGGAGCCGAAACGCUUCCUGGUCGUCCAUGUCACGCCCAAAUCCAGAGCUCCAGCCCGAAUCCUAGGACCCAAAGGUGCUGUUCCCAUAGCUGUGGCCCAACCUCCGGCCUUCGAUCCUCUGGUAGACAUGGAUCCAAGGCUUGUCGUUGCUCUACUGGAUUUGCCAAGGGAUGCCGAUAUAAGUGCCUUGGUUCUAAGGUUUGGAGGAGAAUGCGAAUUGGUUUGGUUAAAUGAUAGAAAUGCCUUGGCUGUUUUCGGAGAUCCUGCACGUGCAGCAACUGCUCUAAGACGGCUGGAUCAUGGGACGGCUUAUCAUGGGGCUGUUGUGGUUCUUCAGAAUGGCAGUGCAUCCGGGUCUUCCUCUGCCAAUGCUUGGGGAGGAAGUAAAGAUGGAGCAUCGAUGGUGAAGAGUAGUAAUCCAUGGAAGAAAGCAGUAGUUCAAGAAUUGGGCUGGUCCGAAGAUUCCUGGGGUGGAGAUUGGUCCAACAGUGGCAGCGGGGCUGAUGCAACGGCGAUUGCCGUAGUGAAAGCAAAGGAAGCUCCUAUUGCUGCAAGUAAAAACCGGUGGAAUCUGCUUGACCCAGAUUCGAAUCCGACAGGUUUUAGUUCUGUUGAAGCAUCUGACUCGGGACAUCGGACUGAGGUGUCUUCUUCAGCCUCGGAAUCAAAAGCUCAUGGCUCGGUGUUGGCAGUGCAGGCUGGAGACAUGGGCGUAGUCCAACAGGAUCAUGAAGAAGUAGAAGACUGGGAGGAAGCAUAUGAGUAAUCAAAAUGCAGCAAUUAAAGAAGUGAUGGUGGCUCAUUCUCUAGGCGUGCAACUCAGGUGGGGUUGGGUCACUCAACCCAGGUAAAGGCCAAUUCAACCCUAUAUCUAUAACCCAAGCUACACAAGCUUGAGUUAGAUUCUUGCCCAACUCCUCCAUGAGACCUUGUAAUCAAUGCCAUUUCCUUGCAAGCUUUUGUUACAGUAACAUACUCUACUUUAAUUGUCGAGAUGGUAACAAUCUUCUGUAAUCGUGGGACCUAACUAACCGUAAUUGUGAACACAUACUUUGUAUUGCUCUUUUUGGUAUCAAUAUACCCUUCCAGAUUUGAAUCAA